GCUACUCGGGAGGGAGGAGGGGUCUUUGGAAGGGAAGCCUUUUGGAGGAGCCGGAGCCGGCUACUCCCCAAGUGAGAGAGAGAGAGAGAGAGAGAGAGAGAGAGAGCAGCCUGCAGAGAAGAGGUUGUGGGUACAAAAACUAGCAGUAUAACCAGAUUGAGAGAGUCCUGGCCUCCCCUGAGCCUCCCAACCUUGUUCCUCCUCUUUCCAUGUCUUGUUACAAGCGGCUGCCUGGCAAGAGAGGAGAAGAAAGAUGACUGCCAGUGAGGGGAAAGCAGGUCAAGUGGUAACUGCCUUUGGAGCCCUCAAGGGUGCAAGGUUUGGAGGGCAUUCCCUUGUUUGUACCAGCAAGGUCCCAUUGGGUGAGUGGGAUGAAGAUCAUGCUAGCUCAAAAGGGGAGGACAUGGAGGGGGGAAUCCAAGGACAAGAUAGUGUAGACCUGCGUUUCUCAGCCUUGGAGAACUUUAAGAGGCAAGUGGUUUUUAACUCACAGAAUUCCCUCAACUGGCUGGGAGUUGAAGUCCAUACAUCUUAAUAUUGCCAAGAUUGAGACACACUGGUGCAGUAGAUUGGCCUGAAAGUGCCUUUGGGCCACAUAUUAAAUCCCAAGUUACUAUAUUCCGAGUAGGUACCAGUCCAAGAUGGACCAAACCCUGAUGUUGAGAUCACUGGGGGCUCCGCUUGUAAAGCAAGUCCCCAUAACGCUAACAAAAUGGAUUGGGAUUUGCAGGGUGGUAUUUAACUGGCCUUCUCCAAAUUGCAACUUGAUCAGGAGGUCAGCCUUGUUACUCGCAGCUGGGCCAGAUCUUCAUGGCCCUUUGCCUUUGAAAAGGAAGCAAACAUCACACCUUCCUGAGCCAAAGUGCAGGCACCCUUAAACCUUUCUGCUAGUGUAAACAAAACAAAACAAAGCUGAACUGGCCAGCAGAGUUAAUUUAUCUCAGAUUUAUCAAUAGGAAAGAGAAGAUGCAGUGUUAAUGAUGUACUAGGAAAUCCCUUUGUGACAACCCAGAUGGGUAUGGUGAUUGGGGUAUAGUAAGCUUUCAAGGGCUGCUAUAGCAAUACUCCAUUCCUUGCCUAGGAGAUCUAACAGCUCCAAGACAAUAAACUGAAGAAGUCAUUCUGUUGCGUGUGUUAUAUUGAUUGUAAUAUUGGGGUGAAUGGGGAUAGAUAAGCUUAUACAGAGUGAGUCGGAAGUCUUUUGCAGCUCCUGGGAGACAUAAACACCAUAUUUAGUAGCCCAUUUCUGGGACUCAGAUAAAUUCACCAAACACAGUUAUUUUUCAAUGCCUGAUCUGCUGUUUGUAGCUCAGUUUGAUACUGAGGAGUGAAAUAGCCCCUUCAUUUAUUGAUCAUGAAUGCGCUAAGACAAAUAUGUACAUAUUGUAUUCAGUUUUAGAUGAGGAGUCACAAACAGCCCAGCUAAAUAAAAUACAGACCACAUACACCUCUAAAAAGGUACUGUCUGUUUACUUUAUCAUACUUAAUAAUAUAAAGGGGACUGACACCGAAUUAGAGUUCAGGUACCUUGUAAAAACUAGCUCUGCAAAUUUCCAUUCCAUCUGUCCUGUGGGAAAAUUGAUUCAAUCUGGGUUAGAUUUAAAUUACUUAGUUCAGCCAACACCUCCUCACUCCUUUCUUAUUUUUAAGGGCAGGAGGAAAAAAUUAAUCACUAAGCAGAACUAGUGUUACAAGAGGUGAUAACCACAGAAAGAAAUGUCUACAAAAUUUGGAGAGUAGGAUAAAGAUUAUCCAACCAAGCCUUCCUCCGUCUUCUUGACUCUUCAUGAGAAAAACACCUGGUAGCCAAGAAGGGAGGUCUUCCCUGUGAACCCAGCCUCAAGGAUGCCCUGGAACGUCAAAUGGUUGAAUAGCUGCAACAGCCACAGCUCCCAGUCUCAGAAACAAUGCAAGAAAUCCUCUUUUGCUUUCUAUCAAGCUGUGAGAGACCAGCUACCGGUAUGGCUCUUGGAAGACAUGAGGCGCAUGGAGGCUUUCCACUGGCAAGAAGGAGGCAAAGUCAGCACAUAUUCACCUUCAGAGGCACUGCUGUAUGCCCUGGUACACAACCACCAGCCUUAUGCCCGAUAUUUACUGAACCAAUUUCCUAAAAGUGCCCUUGCAGUACCAAGCCUUCACUUCAGCUGCUGCCACUCUUCAGCUCCUCACUUAGCUAUGGCCGUCCGGUACAAUCGUAUCCAUGUCCUAGUAGAGAUUCUGAAGGCCAUCAAAAACUUUCCAGUAAGCGACCGAGCUACCUAUUUGGACCGCCGAGGUUGCAGUCGAGUAGAAGGUGGCAAAACAGCCCUUCAUGUGGCUUGUGAACUGGCAAGGCCGGAGUGUUUGCUUUUGUUGCUGGGACACGGAGCCUUACCUUGCCUUCGUGACUGUGCUGGGAACACACCUCUAGACCUACUUCUACAACAAAUUUGGGAGAGUCCAGCAUCAAAUCUCUGCACCAAGCUUCUCCUUCUGGACUCGCUCUUGCUCUUCAUGCCUACAGGCUUCCAUUUUGCCAUGAAACAGCAGCUGCGGGAAGACCAGCAACCAUGGCAGGACCUCCUGGGUGAUAGCCGAUAUCAGUGGCUGGCUGGUUUUGCUCCUUGCUCUCUCUUUGUUAGAUCCAUGCAAGUUUUAAUUGGGAGCAUUUCACGCGAACAUUUCCCAGAAGCUCUGGAUGGGCUACCUUUGCCGCACUUUCUGAAGCCUUUGGACCUGAAGUUGAAGGGCUAAGAUUAUAAGCUAGAGACCCCUUUCUCUCACUUUGACUCCCUCUCUCCCUCACCUUUCAAUUGCUGCUUGUGUGAUGAAAAUAGGUUGUGUGGAGAACCCAUGUGCUGAAAAUGAAAUCUGUGUGGGAGAAGGAGAAGCACUUGUUUUAAUUAGAGACCUUUUUUUGCAAA